AUAAACCUCAUCUCUCUUUCUCUCUCCCUCUCUCUUUCGAACGUGUACCACGUUAAUCGUCAAUAUCAACAGCGCCUUUCUACCAUAUUUGUAUUCAGCCAAUCCAUUUGAAACACAAAUAUUUGCGUGAGAAAGUAUUGCAUUGUGCAUCGUGAAUGAGCGCGACUUUGAAAGUUCCGACGCGCGUUUUCUCGACCAGAUGAGCGACGACGCUUAGCAAACGGUGGAAAGCGCAGUAACGGUAAAAAAUAGACGAUGACAUGUUUCAUCACAAAUAAGAAGCGUUCGACGGUGAGGGUGAGCUUCGCGAGAUUCGGCUCGCGCAGCAACUGACGAUAGGAUCUCGUCGAAUGCGGCCAGCGAUUAUUCCGUGUGAUAAAACUAUCGCGCCACGAAGACAGAGGAAUAUUUUUAAACGUUUCUCUUGUAAAACUGGAGAUAUAGUAGUUGCGCGCGACACGAUACUUGAGCACUCUACUGCUUGAAUUAAAAAACAGAGUCGAAGAAAAAUCGCGUUUGGUCUCGUAGACAUUGGGUCGAGAGUAGAGUCUGCGACUCGGUGAUGAAAAGUGAAUCCGAAUUCCACGCAAAUGUGUGAAAUUCUUGCGGAAUGGCAGAAUAAUGCAUUGAUCAAUCAAAAUCCUCGAAUCCUUGAAACUUGGUGGCGGAGGAAGGAGAUCGUCUCGCAGUGUCUGUACGGUGCUACAUCGAGACUAUUUCGAUCGCAGUCUUCGUAGCCGCGUCAAACGGACGACCUUGAUCUACGUCGCGCCUCCGUAAUCAUCGUAAAAAUAAGAGCUGCCCGCGCGUUCGUCACGACCUUUCCUCUCUCUCUCUCUCUCUCUCUCUCCUCUUCGCUUAACAUUAUACGUGUAUCCUCGCGCGACUAGACCUAUAGUGGUCGGAAAAUGUGCUUUUUGUCGAUGCACAACUCGGGUCAUCAGUCUCGGAUGAUCAGCGAAUCGCGCGCCACUUGGAUCGUCGCUCACAAGGAACCGAAAGAAACGUUCAACGUAACGUUGAAGUGAGCGGCAGGCCAGACUUUCGGUGGUUGAUCGUGUCGAGGAUUGCGGAAGGGGAGGAGUAGCACUGCACGAGUCGCUUUCUUCCUUGAUUUUUUCCCCUAUUUUCUCUCCAUAUGUGGCGGCCACUUUGAAAUCGCUCGGACAGGCGAGGAAGAACGAGGAAGAAAAAAAGCGAGAUUCGCCACUCGUGCCGCUGCUCGUCGUCCGUGGAGUAAGAAGAAGCAACGGAGAGAGGGGCGUCCUCGGGGUUUGGCGGUAGUGACAAUGCCAGUUCCUCGCGGGCUAGUUGGAGUCGAGGGCGACGACGGGAUCGAGAAGUGAGAGAGACGAGUUAGCUGCCAACGCUGGCCGCUGAUCGCGUAGUGUCUAGUGAUACGAGAUGACGGUUGCGCGAAUGAGAUCCGCGCUAGUCGCGGGGCUCUUCCUGAGCCUUUUAGCUGUCGCCUUACAAGGUGUCCUGAGCGAGGAGGAGGAACAGAUACCGUCCGAGGACUUGUGUCGACCGUACAUCGAGAAGGCGCUCAAGGACCUCGGUACAGGAUCUCUGGAGCAGACCAGUGCAGAGGUCGACCAAGAAGAGAGUCACGAAGAAACACGGAGCGAGGAAGAGGCGCUAGCUGACGAAACGACGGAAGAGUUGGGCGAAAUCAAAGACGGAUCGGUUGAAGAAGACGUUACAGCUGAGGGAAGUAAAGAAGAAGCGACUGAGGAACAAGUCGAGAUCAGCGAGGAGAAGGUGGAAAAGGAUGAACAAAGCGACGAAGUCGGAACUACCGAGAGUGCUGAAAUCAGCACCGCUCAGGAAGAAGAAACAGAGGAAGAAGCAGGUGAUGCGUCCGCCGAGGUAAUUGAACAGGCCGACUCUCCCGAGAAGAUAGCCGAAAGCAAAGAGGUAGUCUCCGAUCAGGCGACUGCCGAGGAAGAAGAUGAAAAGCCCGACGAAGAGAAAUCGGACGAAGAGAUAAAAGCAGAAGAGGAGGAAAAAGUAGACGACGAAGCAAAGUCCGAGGAAGAAAAAGACGAAGAGUCGGGAAUCGAAGAAGAGGAGCAAGGGGAAUCCAUGGAGCAAGCCGAAGAAGAGACUCAGGAAGAUGCUCGGCAGCAAGCAUCUGCGGAAGCUAGCGUCGAAGAGGAAGAAGCGGAAUACGCCGAAGAUCGUACGGUGAGUGGCGAAAGUGACAUGAAGGAUGAAGAGGAGGAAGCGCAAGCCGAAAGUGCUGAAGAUGAGAGAAUAAAGGAAAGGGAGAGUGAAGAAGAAACGGCUGAAGCAACAGGUCCCGAAAGUACAGAAGAGGGUGAAAAGUCGGGAGAAGGCGUGGAAGAACAGGAAGAAAAAGAAGCGAUGUCUGCCGAAGAAGAAGAAGGUAAGUCUGCGGAAGACGAGACCGCGGAGGAGGAGACGAAAUCCGCGGAAGAGGAAACGAAAUUCGCGGAAGAGGAGACGAAAUCUGCGGAGGAGGAAACGAAAUCCGCGGAGGAGGAGACGAAAUUUGCGGAGGAGGAGACGAAAUCCGCGGAGGAGGAGACGAAAUCCGCGGAAGAAGAGGCGACAUCCGACCAAGAGAAAGAAGCGAAGUCGGAGGAAGAGGUAGCGAAAUGCGAGGAAGAUGAAUGUAAACAAUCCUCCGCCGAGCUUCGCGUAGAUCAGGAGAAGAGCGAAGCGAAAUCCGAGGAAGAGACGGAAGAAAAGUCGGAAGGAUCUGAGAGAGAAGAGGAUCAUCAGGAUCAGGUCAGAAAGUCGCGCGGAAGGCGAGAAGCCGGUGAUGAGGAAGAUGCUGAAGCAACUGGCGGCGGCGAAUCUGCGGAAGAAGCCGCCAGCGAGGAGGAACAGGAGCCCACUCCGGAGGAGGAUCUGAUUCGGGAUAUCGAAAUACCGGAGAACCUUCGGCCUAGGGAUCACAUUAAUCAACUGUUGAAAUUGGACGAAGAAAACGAGGAGAAGGAGCGAGCUAUACAAAGAGCUGCGGAUAUCAUUCUCAGAGAUCUGAAGAGACUAUACGACAACGCCAUACAGCCGUUAGAGAGCAUGUACAAGUACAGGGAUUUGAGUAACAGACACUUCGGAGAUCCCGAGAUAUUCUCCAAGCCGCUGGUACUCUUCAUGGGUCCGUGGAGCGGUGGGAAGUCGUCCAUCAUCAAUUAUCUGCUCGAUAUCGAGUAUGAGCCGAUGUCGUUGAGGACAGGGGCCGAGCCAUCCCCGGCGUACUUUAACAUAAUAAUGCACGGCGAGGAGGAAGAGAUCCUUGACGGCACCCAGCUGGCGGCCGAUUGGACCUUCUCCGGGUUGCAGAAGUUUGGCCAGGGUAUGUUGGAUCGUCUCAGAGGCCUACGGCUCGACAACAAGUUGCUGGAAAAGGUGAAUAUCGUCGAGAUACCAGGAAUCUUGGAGAUUCGCAAGCAGGUUCAACGCCUGUUUCCCUUCAACGACGCGUGCCAGUGGUUCAUCGACCGAGCGGACAUAAUAUUUCUGGUUUACGACCCCGCCAAGCUGGACGUCGGGCCCGAGACCGAAGCGAUUCUGGAUCAAUUGAAGGGGAGGGAAUAUCAGACUCGCAUCAUUCUGAACAAGGCGGACCAGGUGAAGCCGGAGGAACUGAUGAGAGUGCAAGGCGCGCUGAUAUGGAAUAUCUCGCCGCUGAUGUCGAGCGCGGAGCCGCCGAUAAUGUACUCCACGUCGUUAUGGUCGUUACCCUACGAGGCUGGUGCGCCCACCAGGCUGCUGUACGCUCAGGAACGCGCAUUCCUGCGCGAUCUGCGUUCCGCGAUAAACAAGAGGGUCGAGCACAAGAUAGCGAGCGCCAGAAGAUUCGCCGUACGAGUGCGCAAUCACGCGAAGAUGGUGGACUGCUACCUGACGACGUACUACAACCACAAGACGUUCUUCGGCGACAAACGGCAAAUCAGCGACAAAAUUAUCGAAAAUCCGCAGGAUUAUCACAUCUACGAGGGUCUCAGCACCCUGACCAAUAUAUCGCGAUACGAUCUACCCGAUCCGGACGUCUAUCGUGACUUCUUCCGGUUGAAUCCCCUCUACGACUUCCCGCUGCUGAGCUCCACGUGCACGUACUUCCGCGGCUGCCCGAUCAACAGGCUCGACGUGGCCAUCGCCUACGAUCUACCCGAAUUGGUGGGCAAGUACAAGAAGUCAGUGGAGGCGGUGCUGCACGGCGAGAACAGCCCUAUGAGUUGAGUGCGCGGGAGACCGGAGGAGAGCAGCUCUUGAUACCAUGUGAAGUAUGGACUGAUGAGGAGGCCUAGCCGAGAUGCCUUGAUAUAGCGCAAAGGGUCGUCGCGACUUGUUGAACGAGCCGGAUGAAAGUGGUCCGAUAUUUGAGAUGGUACCGAGGACUCUCUUUCUGAAAUUCGGAGAGUCGCGCGCUAUCCUCGCAUCGCUCCGAAAACAAACGGAAAGAAGCACGGAGGAAAGAGAGAGAGAGAGAGAGAGAUGCGGCGGAGCGGGAAAGCAGAAAAAACGGUAGCAUAAGAGCUGGGAUGUCUACCGAGAGGAUAGCAAACCCAAGUAUCCAUAGAUCCGAAUAAUUUAGCCUCACGAUAGGGCAGAACAUAACGUGGAGUGUGUAUCGCGUCAAGGUGGAUACAACUCCUCCUCCUCCUCCUCCUCCUCGAUUGCAAAGAAGAUCAAGUGUUGCUUGUCUGGUAAACAAUGCUACCAUUCCGAUCCAAAAGCGGACAGAGUGAGAGUUCCCUUCGAAUAUAUGUGUUCAGAUAUAUCGGAUAUUCCUCUCGACGAAAACGCGGGGAUUCGCGUUUUUCUCUAAGAACUCCGCGACAAUAUCGAAAUUUAAUCAUCUCAACGAUCGAGUUUCUCGUCGGCAAAUCAGAGAGAUUAUAAUCUGCCCAACCUCGCGAAAUUUAAUUAAAAAAAUCUGGAGAUCCGUUGAAUGUGUUAAAGAAUUGGACAUGAAAAUUUCGGAAAUUCUGUCCAAAUUUGAUUCACUGUAAUAUACGCCAUAUACAGUCUGUAUACACGCGCGCCCUAUACAUCUGUUUGUUGUCAGCCUGAAAAUGGAAUUCCUCCAGUUCUUAAGAGAAUGAGGGAUAUCAUUGUUACAUCGAAUCUUUCGUUUAUCUCGCGACGAAUCGUUGAAAGCCUAUCUCAAAGGAAAACACGACUCUCCAGAACGUUGAACGUAAUAUUGAACAACAGUUUCGUCCGCCAAGUUCCUCCGUAUCAGGAACACAGUUUCUAAUCGCAUCGAAAUAUUUCCAUUGUGAAAGAGAUAAAGUGAUCUCUCUUUGUGGCUUUUGUGGAAUACCUUAUAUAAACUGAUUGUAUUCUUAUUAAACUGUCAUUGAACAAUUAUAA